ACUCUCUCCACCUCAUUUGGUGUUAAAGGCCAAAAAUCCAUCUCCUCACACCCCACACCCCCAUUAUUUCGGCCAAACCUACCCAAGAGAGAAGGAAGAGCUCUCAAAAUACUUACCUCCAUAGCCAUAAUCAAUCUCAAGCAAGAAGAGGACUCAAGGAAGAAGAAGAAGUGGUAAAAGUGGAGAAAAACCUUUAUUAAUUAAGACUUCGUUAUGGAUCGCAGAUCCGUCAUGGCCCUUGCAAAGGCGAAGGCAAAGGAGGAAAUGGCAGCCAAGGAGGCCACAAAGCUGGCGGCUGCAAACGGCGCGCAGCCGAGCUCCGAUGUGCCGAAGAAGCCACCCACACAGCCGAAGAAGAAACGGCCAGUGGAUGACAACCAGAGGAAGCUGAUCGAGGCUGGUAUACAACCCAAGAAGACGAAGAGGGCUUCCCCUCUGGCUGAUGCUGACGCCGGGGGUCUGACCAUGUCGGCCGAUGAUGUCGGGGGUUCUAAUGCCGUUUCCGUUGUUGAUGCGGUUUCGGUCCCCUCCUCGACUACUAUGUCCCAGCCGCCUCCUGCCGACCAGGAGCCCCGGAAAAAGAGGGCCGGCAAGGAGCUGGCCGUUGGGACAUACAAGCUCGAAGUUGAGUACCCUGUAAAGGGUGGCGUCUUCAAUGACGCCGUUGACGGCCAUGACGUGCUUGCUCAAGCCGUCCUGGCCGAGGACCGGGCUUACCUGAAAAUGCUCAGCCCCGUCAGGAUCUAUGACGGUGGGAUGGACCUUAUCAUCCAAGGUGCCCUUAUGCUGAUGGAGAGCCAUAUGCGGCAAGAACAAAAGAUUGCCCGGUUGAAGGAGGCCGAGAAAAAAGCUGCUUCAGUCGAGGAGGCCAUGGCCUGCCUGGAUCGUCUCCGGGAAGAGGUGAAGGCCUUGCAGAAGGGUGUUGAUGAGGCCGAUGUGGCCUAUCGUCAGGUGGCAGCCGACAGGGAUGAUGCUUUGAGAGCAAGGGAUGAGGCGUUGCGGAGCCGCGAUGAUGCUCUGCUCCGGUCCGAGGAUGCCGUGAAAGCGCAAGCUGACACCGAGAGGGCUGCUGAGAAGGCUGUUGACGGUGCCAUUGAGAAAUUCCUGCCCGAAGGCUGGAAGGCUGAGGACCGUCGGCCCUGGUGCUACGAGGUAGUGGCGGAUCGUCUUGAAGACUGGGCCCAGAACUGCCCUGCUAGCCAAGAAUAUUUUGCCCGGGAGAUGUCUGUUUAUCACGACAUGGGCCAGCAGAGGAUGCAACGGCUGAUCUACCGGAGGCUACACCGGUCUUUUAAGAAGUUGAAGCUUACCCAGAAAUGGGCCAACAAGAACUUGAAGCUCCCGAGGCUGAUGAAGGACCCGGAGGCCGAAGUAAAGCUCCCUCCCUCUGAGAGGCAAGACCUGAUACUUAGCUCCUCGAUCGGUGAGCCGGAUUGGUCCGAUGAUGAUGACGCCUUAGCCGACACCGCUGUCUCCUCAGCAGCCGGGGCCAGUGGAGAUGUGAGGGCAGAGGAGGGCACCGAGGUUGCUUUUGAGCAAGCCGUUGGGGGGGUUGCUUGCUGAUGAAGUCGCCCCAGAGAACUGAUCGGCUGACUUUUCUUUUUUGUGUAGUUCAGUAGUUUUCUUUUGUAAUGGCCGUUGUGCCCCCCCUUUGUACCUUCGCUUUUAAUGAAUGAAUAUAUCUUUUCCGGC